CCGCGGCCCCAUUGGCCGCGCCGCAGCUGAAAUAGGGCCGGGCGCGGGCGGCCGCCAGCAGCGAGCGGGGCCCGAGCGCCGAGCCCGUCCCGCGGCCCCGCCGGAGCGCUCGGCCUCGGCGCGCCCCGAGAUGAGCAGCCCCGAUGCGGGCUACGCCAGCAGCGACGACCAGGCGCAGGGGCGGUGCUCGCUGCCCAUCAUGAUGCCGGCCGUGGGCCCCUGCCCGUGGGCAGAGUCGCUGAGCCCGCGGGGCGAGGGGAAGGCGAAGAGCGAGGCGGCGCCGUCGGGGGCGGCGGGCGGGCGGAGCAAGAGCGAGGCGCGGAUCCGCCGGCCCAUGAACGCCUUCAUGGUGUGGGCGAAGGACGAGCGCAAGCGGCUGGCGCAGCAGAACCCGGACCUGCACAACGCCGAGCUCAGCAAGAUGCUGGGUAAAUCGUGGAAGGCGCUGUCGCUGUCGGAGAAGCGGCCGUUCGUGGAGGAGGCGGAGCGGCUGCGGGUGCAGCACAUGCAGGACCACCCCAACUACAAGUACCGCCCGCGGCGCCGGAAGCAGGUGAAGCGGCUGAAGCGGGUGGAGAGCGGCUUCGUGCAGCACGGGCUGGCGGAGGCGGCGGCGGCCGGUCUGGGCGGCGAGGUCGGCGUCAGGAUGUGCGCGGAGGGGCUGGGGCCGCCCUACGGCGAGCAGGGCUACGCGUCGAGCCAGUACCGGGAGCGCCCGCCGCCGGGCGCCGCCUUCGACGGGUACGGUCUGCCCACGCCGGACCCGUCGCCGCUGGACGCGGCGGAGAGCGAGGCGCCGUUCCUGGCGGCGGGGCUGCGGGAGGAGUGCGCGCUGGCGCCCUACGGCUACGCUCCGCACGCGGCGGCCGAGUACCCGGCGGCGGGCGAGGGUCCGGGCGGGUCGCUGCAGGCGCUGCUGGGCUGCCCGGCGCCGCCGCACGCCUACUACGGGCAGGUAUGCCAGCCGCCGGGCCCGGGGCGCGGGCCGCCGCCGCCGCUGCCGCCGCCGGGGGCGCUCGGGCAGCCGUCGCCCCCGCCCGAGGCGGUGCCGUGCCGGGAGCCGCUGGAGCACUUGCCGCAGGAGGAGCUGCUGGGCGACGUGGACCGCGCCGAGUUCGAGCAGUACCUGCGCUUCGCCUGCAAGCCCGAGCUGGGGCUGCCCUUCGCGGGCCACGACGCCGCCGGGCUGCCCGAGGGCGCGGCGCCGCUCUCCUCGGCCGUGUCGGACGCCAGCAGCGCCGUCUACUACUGCGGCUACCCCGGCGUGUGAGGGACCGGCCGCGCACGGACGGACUGCCGGGGGGCGCCCGCCCCGCUCCUAUUUAUCUAAUUUAUUGGGGUCUCGUCGGGAGAGCGGCACUCCGCCCAUCGGGGUAGAACUACGGGACUUUCGUGCAGUUUCAAAGCACGGUUCGAACUGUUUUUCGACUGCUGUGCCAGCAUGUUUACAUGUUUUUUUUACAUCCGCGCUCCAAGUUAACGUUGUUCUUGGAAGAACGACGUUUCUUAUUUUUUAUUGUGUUUCUAACUAUACUUUUUUUUUAAUUACUUCAGUAAAAUGAGUACAUGUUCAUCUGUUUGUGUCAUUUUUCUUGGCCAUGUGGCCCUUUGGGGAGGCUAAUCUGAAGUUAAAUCAUUCUUGCCCUAAGGUGGAGUAAAGCAAAUGCAAGUACCGUGUGACACUUUGACCAUGACAGUGGCUCUAAAGUGUUUCCAGGACUAAACAAGUUUGUUCCUAGAGGUGUGGUUAUAUUCCCGUUACAUAGCUGUACCUGCUCUCUGUCUCUUGGAGUACAUGCAGAACGUAUGACUGUACUUUGUGUUUUGUAGGGCUUUCUUUCUGAUUUGUAAGUUCCAGCUGGAAUUUGCGGUUGUUAUUUAUGCAUUGGGAAAAACCUUCUCCCUGAAAAUACAGUCUCUAUAACAAAAGACGCUAGGUAAGUUUGAGAUACUACUUUUAAUGUGGGCCUAGAACCCCAUUGGAUUCUUGUGGGUGUGUGAAGGUAAUUUACUUAGUGGUUUCUAUUUGAAUCAAUUGAUUCACAGAUAGCAUUAGUAAUGUUCUUUCACUUCCACCUACCUUCAAGUAGAUUUACACCAUUUUUUUUUGUCAUGGGUUUCAGGCUUUUAUUAGUAGAGAGGAAAAAACAAUGCUGCCCAAAUGAUCUCCAUUGCUUUCAAUCAACUGACACUAUCAAUUAGUCAUUAAAACAGAAGGGGUUUUAGCAUGUUCGGCUGUACUGCUCUGUGACAUUUCUGCCAGUGCUAGAGCCCAACUGUAUCUCAUUCUCAUCAUAACACUGUCAGCUAAGCAUAAAUCCAGCAAUGUUUCUGAUGUCUCUUCUGUUUGGAAGAGUUCCAAACUGGUUUCAAAUUGCAAUGAUUAAUUGUAGUAGAGAGUUCAAAUACUGUAAUUUACAAAUGACAGUACAAAAGUGAUAUAACUGAAAUUCCUAAUAUGUUUUGAUAAAUGUUACUUUGUCUGACAUUAGAUUCUUAGUCUGAGUCAUGGAUGAAGGAAUCUUACAGAAACUCAGUAUGUGUAAUUCAUGCUUAGUUUUAUAAAAACUAAAUGAUGACCACUUUCUGAAUGCCUAUUUUGUACACAGAGCUAGCUGCAUUAUUUUCAGAAAAAUAAUCUAGUAGCAACGUACUUGAGCAGGUAAUGUUUUAUUUAUUAAUUCAGAAAAUGUUAUUUUAUUUGGGUAGGAAGAAACCCUGAUUAUUUCUACUGAUGUCAGUGACAUUUUUUAACUAUGUGUAAAUGUAAUAUUGAGUAAGUUCACUUGAAAUCAUGGUUGCCUCAGGAUGUUAAAACAUCUUUUUCCCCUCAUCUUUACAAUAAGGAUAGUGUGAAGGACAAGGUUGAGUUUCUAAUGUUAGGGGGCUGGGUGUAAAAUGGGAAAUAAAACUGUAUUUAUGUCAGUGUUUUAAGAAAAACAGACAUUCUUAUUUUAAUACAAUGUACUUGUCUGAAAAGAAACAUCGAACGUGUUACAGUGAUAAACUAGUCCAAGUUUAAAAACAGUGAAAACUGUAGUUGAACAGGUUGGAUUAGUCCAUUUGUGACUCCUAGAUGAUUAGUCCUUCUGGUGACCAUUAUGGUAGUCAUACUCCUUCAGUUACAGACUUCUAAUGCCAUUGGAGUUGUUCUUGCUCAUGCCAUUGCACAAAUGCUCUUGUUCCAAGAAAGCCAAAAGAACAGUAAAGACAAACAUUAGAUACAUUCUGAAUAGAUGUUUAGGUGUACUGAAAUAAUAAUUUUAUCUGUAUUGUUUUUUCCUUAUAUUGAUUUGGUACGGAUGUCCUAAGACUAUCUUUUUUUUCUAUAAUACAAUAGCCACAGUACCUAGCUGAAUUCUGUUAUAAAAUUUAGAAACAGUCCUCCUGUAAAAGAAAGUAAAUAAGUAAAGUGAGUUUAAUUUAGGAAAUCCCAAAGUGAAGUUAAACAAAGAACUUCCAGAAUUAAGGUUAGCAGUGCAGCUCUAAGAACUCU